AUGCGCGUCGUUGUGACCGGUGCAGGUGGGCAAACUGGAAGUCUGGUUGUGAAGAAGCUGAUAGAACAUGGCAUUGAAACAACUGCCGUCGUGCGAAGUGAAGUCAGCAAGAACAAGCUGGCUAAUCAACUUGAUGCCAAAACUGCCGUCAACAUUGUACUGGCGGAUGUUACCAAUCCUGAAACUUUGAGGCCGGUUUUUGUCGGUAUGGAUGCCUGUGUCAUUGUGACAAGCUCGAUGCCACAAUUGUUAAAGUCCUCUUUGCUUGGUGUGAUCCUUGCGAAAAUCUUCACAUUGGGCUAUGUAUCCAAAAAGCCUUCGUUCUAUUUCGAUGAGGGACAGUCGCCGGAGAUAGUUGACUGGUUGGGUCAACGCAGUCAGAUUGAUGCCGCCAAAGCUUCCGGGCUGAAACAUGUCGUCCUUGUGUCGUCAAUGGCUGGGACAAAGCCUGACCAUUUUCUGAACACGCAGAUGGAGAACAUUGUACUCUGGAAGAGGAAAGCCGAGUGCUACCUCGUAUCGAGUGGCUUACCGUAUACCAUCAUCCACCCCGGUGGUCUCCUGCCGCACUUCGGGGAUGACAAGCCAGCUCCAGGCGGCCGGCGAAUGCUCUACGCUGCCGUUGAUGAUUCACUGAUGGACGAUGGACAGAACCAUAGCCAAGUGCCUCGAGAAGAUGUGGCAGCCGUUUGUGUGGCCAGCCUUUUGGAGCCCCAGCUUUCGAAGGGGCGCUCCUUCGACUUGGGUUCUGGGCCCGAUUUGGGCGAACCUUGUAACUUGAGCCUCAAGGACUUGCUCGAGCCCCUGCAAGGCUCCAAUGCUUGCUACACUAAGGAGCAGGCGGAGUUCAAAGGCAGCAAGAAGAUACGAACUUGCCCUUGCGGUGAGCAGUAG